UGCGCCUCAACCACAAGCAUCGAUGAUGGCAUCAACUCGAGUCCCGUUAUAUAUUCUCCGGGCUCCUCCACAAUUGCGUCCUCUCCUAUUCAGCCGCUACGCUUCCCACUCGACCGCAAGCGCCAUCGCUGAACAUGUCCCUCGAAUAGCACAGCCUUCGUUAUGGAGGUCAUUGAUACCGCGCUUCAUGCGCCGUGACGCUGGAAUGGCCUCCAAAGAACCCAAGAGCCAAGGCUUCUGGUCACGAUUUCUCGCAAAUCCUGCAAGUGGCGUAAUUAUUCUGGCUAUGCUUACAGGCAACGCCGCUAUACACAUUAUUCGCAUCAAACGAGACAUGAACUUGUAUUCGCGUCAGGCAGAUCAAAAAAUUGAACUACUUCGCGAAGUAAUAAAUCGUGUACAGAGAGGGGAGGAUGUGAAUGUAGAGAAACUGCUUGGGACGGGGGAUCCGAAGAUGGAGGAAGAAUGGUUCGAUGUAAUUCGCGAGAUCGAAAAAGAGGAGAAAAUGAUGACGAGGAACGAAAGACAGCGUUUGCGGAGACAGGCGAGAAAGGAGGAAGAAAAAAAGGAGGAAGCGGAAGUGAAUGAAAGAGAAGCCAAGGACGACGACAAUGCGCAAGUUAAGAAGCGGCCUGAAUUUCUCUGAAUCAUCAAUGAACCGCACCCGUUCCCGUCACUUCCUUAGUAUUCGAGCAGACAUAACUCUACCGCCCCCAGUGUCUUCGCACGCAAGGCCGCUUCUUCGUUUCCACACCUGGACUAAAAGUGCUCAAAUCUUGCUGAUAUGGUUUGUGCUGGACAAAACGACGAGCAAAAUUGCUGCUGCAUGCGCUUCGCUCAGAGUUUGGGUCCCUUGGCGACGUCCAGACACCCUUUUCCAGCGACCAACCGACAUCAUUUCAAUAUUCUCCAUCUGAAAGCAUCUUAUGAUUCUGCUCCAAACUCCAGUGUCUUGUUGGCAUGUGGUUUCCCAAAGCAAUCGACCAUUUUUGUCUUGCUGAUUCUCAGCCCAGACAAAUGAACGCAACAGCUUUUUGACAUCAUCCCAAUGCGACAAAUGCAGUUUCAACGCCAUCUCCACAACAGAAUGAGACAACCAUGCUUUUUCUUUUGCAUCAUGUACUAUGGAAUCUGCAAGAAAAAGAAGCCACAAUCGCAAUGCCCUCAUUGAAUUGGUAGCAAAACUUCCGCCCUUUAUGCAUGACACGAACUGCUCUUUCAAACGGUAACUUACGGGUGAGAGCUGGAACUCAUUUUGAAUGAUCCCUGCGUAGAUUAAAAUACCGAUCGCGACGGCAGUACAAUGACUCAUCUCAUUUGAUUGGGAACGAGUGGUCAUGCGGCCGAGAAGGCUGUAUUGUAUACAUCGCAAUCGCUCACGAAGAUGCAUAGGAAAGGUCUCUGAAGGUAAAGGUCGAAUGAUGUUGACAUCCUCAUCGACUCUCUGCGCUUGUAGAAGCACAUUGAUAAGCUCUGCAUCAAAUUCAUACUCUUCAUGGACAUCUUGGAAACCGGAGACAAGGUUUUUCGACACUUGGCAGUGUUCAUGUAAAGCUAGAGACACGUACGGUUGAGAAAAAUCAUGUAGGGAGCCGCAAAUAUCCG